CCUAUCAAAAGCUACCAUAGAUACGAUCCUCCAUAGCUGACUUAAUACAAGAGUUACAUCUGGUACUCCUCACAAUUGAUCGCCCAUAGAAAUUUCUCCUCGAGCAGUCCUUCGAGAAGUGUAUUGACCAAUAACUUGACACCAACUCCCAUCGAUAGACUGAUUUUGUAAUUUAAUAUACGAUUAAUGAAUGGGAGUGGGCUGAAUCAUGUGAAAUUGUUAGAGCCGCCAAAAGCCAAACACGUCCCUUGCAAGUCUCCAAAGGGUCACAACAAGACGCGAGCUUGAUCUAAUUCCUUCCCUUGCUGACUUACUUCACUUCUGGGUAUGAUCCACCAUUUCCUAUAAGAAGCAUUCAUCUUCGACAACUUUAAAAUCGCUUCCUUCCUCAUACACGGCCUCUGCAAUUCGGAAAUGGCCCACUCUACCUUUUCUCAGGUUGCUGUUGCUGUUCCAGUUGGAAGCGAUUUGUCUGUUAAGAGAUCAGUGUUCAAGACAAGUAGCCUAAACUUCCAUGAUAAGCCAUGGUCACCUGUCAUAGCCCUGAACUUGAGCCUGAGGGGCACUCGGGCAAGAGGUUGGCAAAGGCAAACAGUAUGCAUGUCAGUGCAGCAAGCAAGUGCACCAAAGGUAUCUGUUGCUCCUUUAGACCUCGAGGAUGCUAAAGAGCCUCCAUUGAAUUUGUACAAACCAAAAGAACCUUAUACCGCAACUAUUGUUUCGGUUGAAAGACUUGUUGGUCCCAAAGCACCGGGAGAGACUUGCCAUAUUGUUAUCGAUCAUGGUGGCAAUGUCCCCUAUUGGGAAGGUCAGAGCUAUGGUGUUAUUCCUCCAGGUGAAAACCCAAAGAAACCGGGGAGUCCACACAAUGUUCGGCUCUACUCAAUUGCAUCAACUAGGUAUGGAGAUUCUUUUGAUGGCAAGACUGCUAGUUUAUGUGUUCGCCGGGCCGUUUAUUAUGACCCUGAAACUGGAAAGGAGGAUCCUUCAAAGAACGGAAUAUGCAGCAAUUAUUUAUGCAACUCAAAGCCUGGAGAUAAAGUUCUGAUCACAGGUCCAUCGGGCAAGAUAAUGCUUCUUCCCGAAGACAACCCAAAUGCCACCCACAUAAUGAUUGCUACCGGCACUGGCGUCGCUCCAUUUAGAGGUUAUCUCCGUCGAAUGUUCAUGGAGUCUGUACCGACAUUCAAAUUUGGUGGCCUUGCUUGGCUUUUUCUAGGAGUGGCAAACACUGAUAGUCUUUUAUAUGACGAUGAAUUCAGCAAGUAUCUCAAGGACUAUCCAGAUAACUUCCGCUACGAUCGAGCUCUUAGCAGGGAGCAAAAGAACAAGAGUGGAGGAAAAAUGUAUGUCCAGGACAAGAUCGAAGAGUACAGUGAUGAGAUCUUUAAACUCUUGGAUGGCGGAGCUCACAUAUACUUCUGCGGAUUGAAAGGGAUGAUGCCUGGAAUUCAGGACACACUGAAAAAGGUUGCAGAGCAAAGGGGUGAGAAAUGGGAAGAGAAACUUUCACAGCUUAAAAAGAACAAACAGUGGCAUGUUGAAGUUUACUGAAGUGUUGUUGCAUAGAAACGUCUACGUUGAUGUCUGCUUAAAAGAUGUAGCAGCACAUGAUCUCUUGUUCUGUGUUACUCUUUGCAUUGCUCAUCUUUCAACUUCAUAGGUUAAGAUGACGAAUAAGGUGGCCACAGUUAUUGAUACUCAGAUUUGUCUUUAAUUGAACUACAGGAACUUGCUGAGAUUUUUUUUUCUCUUGCGUAAGGAACCUAUUCAGCACCUUAAUCUGUGAGUAUUGUUGCUUGGAAAUGGAAUAAACUUCAUUUUAGAAUCCAA